GGACCUUGCGGUGGCUCGGCUACAACAGCCCCCCUAUGGCGGCACCUCACCCCUUUCGGCCCUCCUCGUUCCGCACGGCUCAUUGUUCUGAAGCAGAUAGCUAGACAAGGGAUGGAGAAAACACCGGGUGGGAGCUGAGCACCCGACUAACCAGAUGCUAAUUUACUCACGGCACCCAGUCACACAGAACAAUUGUCGAUUGAUCGUUUUUUUCCCGUUCUGGAAAAAUAUAGACUAAAGUUUAUUUUAGGAAGUUGUUGGGGUGUUUCUUUUCACAGACAAAAUGGGGAACUGGAGAUAAUUCCAUAGAUUUUUCGAGGAAUUUAUUUGCCUUAAGAGUCUCUUCAGUUUGUAUCCCGUUACUUUUGUCAUUUUUGAGCUGCCUGGUCGCCAAUCUUUUGUCACCCAUUCAUUCAUUCGCCUAUUUACCGUGAGUGACACUGUCACAGUGUGCACGGUGGAAGAUGGUUACCCGGCUAUAUGCUCAGAAGUACCCCCCGGUGUUGCUCUGCACGCUGGCUGCCCUGUCAUGGACUUGGGGCCCGGUAACAGCGGGUAGGAGUUGCUCCGAGACACGGCAAGUGUACGCAGAGAAGGGCUACAGUACGAACACUGCCCCGCUGACUCAAAUCUCCGGUGAGCAUCUGCGUCUGUGUCCCCAAGACUACACCUGCUGCUCCAGUCAGAUGGAGGAAACACUGGCCCACCAGAGUGAGACGGAUUUCCUGUCGGCCAUCGACGACACCAGCCAGUUCCUCCUCACCACUUUCACACAGAGGCACCGCAAGUUUGACGAGUUCUUCAGGGAGCUCAUAGACUUGUCUGAAAAGUCCAUGAAUCAGAUGUUUACUAAGACCUACGGGCGCCUCUUCACCCAGAAUGCCAAUGUCUUCCAGGAGCUGUUUGUGGAGCUCCGCCAAUACUACUCCGGGGGCAGUGUGAGCCUGACAGAGGUGCUGUCAGAGUUCUGGUCCAGACUGGUGGAGCGGGUCUUCUCUCUGGUCAACCCCCAGUACCAGUUCAGUGAUGAGUACCUGGAGUGUGUCAACAAACAUGCAGAGCAGCUGCAGCCCUUUGGGGACCUGCCCCGGAAACUACGUUUACAGGUGUCCAGGGCAUUCAUUGCAGCCAGAGCACUGGUUCAAGGCUUGGCCACAGGCCGUGACAUUGUCAACAAGGCAGCUAAGUUGAGUGCUGGUGCGGAGUGUGUGCGUGCCCUGAUGCGUCAGUGGUACUGUCCAUUGUGUCGAGGCAUGCCCUCCCUGCGCCCCUGCCAUGCCCUCUGCCUCAACGUGAUGAAGGGCUGCCUUGCCAAUCAGGCCGAUCUGGACACUGAGUGGAACAAUUUCAUAGAUGCUCUGUAUCAAGUAUCUGAGAAGCUGGAGGGGCCGUUUAACAUGGAGCUGGCUGCAGACUCCAUCUCUGUCAAAGUGUCCGAGGCCAUCAUGCACAUGCAGGAGAACAGCAUCGCCACCUCCACUAAGGUGUUCCAGGGCUGUGGGAGACCCAGGUCGGCCCCGGGCCGUUCUCGGCGCUCCCCCAAGGAGUCAGGGGGCAACAGGAGACCCUUCCGUACCUUCAGCCCUGAGGAGAAGCCCACCACUGCUGCAGGCACCAACCUGGACCGACUGGUGUCAGAGCUGAAGGAGCGACUGCGGCCCAUGCGGGGCUUCUGGGUAUCCCUCCCACACACCAUCUGCAACGACGAGAACAUGGCUGCCGACGUCACCAACGAGGACCGCUGCUGGAAUGGACAGACCAGGGGGAGGUACCUGAGUCAGAUCAAUAACCCAGAGCUAAAGGUGGACCUGGCCAGGCCAGACGUGAGGACCAGACAGCUCAUCAUGGAGCUCAGAGUGGCCACCAACAGACUGAAACAUGCACAGGCCGGACAGGACACUGACUUCGUGGACAGUGAGGGCGAAGAGGGCAGUGGAUCAGGCGGCGGAGGGGAGAGGUACAGUGAUGAUUGGCCGGGCUACGGGCCCUACUCCCCUCCCCACAGUAAGCCCCCACUUAACCCCCAGACCCCCAUCAAGCCACCUCGGGUCAGAGAUCAAACCGGAUCCAAGUGGAACAGGAGCAAGGGACGGUCCAUCUCAGCGGUCAGCCGGCCAGCCUUCUUCUCUCUGGCGGUUUUGUUUUGGUUAUCAGUUAUGGUCACUGUCUCCCCCAUGUGGAGAUAGGCAGUUACUACAGCCUGAAGCUCAGGGUUGUGUUCAUUAUGGCAAAUAAUGAAAAAAUACAUUUUGAAACACAAAAUGAAAAUAAGCAUUUCUUAUUGGAUAAAUCCAGGUAAUCCCACCUUUUUUCAGGCAGUUUCUUCUGUUUUGUGCCUAUUGAACAUGACCCAGCUGAGGUUGGGUUGUUGUGGUUGGUUGAGGAGGGAUUUAGUGUGCCUGUUUGAUCAUCAGCACAAUGACAGUGGAUGUGUUUGGUUAUUCUAGAGGAGAACGAGAGAAGUUGAAUCUAAAAUAUGGAUGAAUCCAGCACAAAAUAAUCUCCUUGUGGAAAAUGUAUUCAAGCACAAGGGAAAUUACAUUUUCUAUGAUUGGCUAUCUCAGUGGUUCCCAAACAGUUUUUUAGCCCAUUUAAUUUGUUGUAAUGUUUGAGUCCCUCAGAUAUCACAUGAACACACAUAAGACAUGGUAAAAUGUGUAGAAUUGCAUGA